AUGGGGAUGUGUAUCAACUAUUGGGAGUUGAACCGUUUGACCAUCAAGAAGGUUAAAAGUAAAGAUCAACAUGGGGAACAUCUUAGAAUAGCAUUAGAAAUACUACUCAAGGAAAAGCUAUAUGCCAAAUUUAAAAAGUGCGAAUUUUGGUUUGAGCGAGUUGGAUUUCUCGGUCAUGUAGUUACUACCCAUGGAAUUGAAGUAGAUCCAGUAAAGGUAGAAGCGGUAAUUAAUUGGAAGACACCUACUAAUACUGGUGAAGUUCGAAGUUUUCUGGGAUUGGCUGGGUACUAUCAAAGAUUUAUAGAAGGAUUUUCCAAAAUAGUUGGACUAAUGACUCAAUUGACAAGGAAAGGAGUAAAGUUUCAAUGGAUAGAUAAGUAUGAGCAAAGUUUUCAGGAGCUAAAACAACAAUUGGUUAUAGUACCCGUGUUAACCAUACCUGAAGGCUCGGAAGGAACUUGCAGUGAUAGUUCAUGCAUUAAAGAUAUGGCGCCAUUACGUAUAUGGAAAAAAGAAGUCGAUGGGACAGCUAGCAUCAUUACCUACUACUCAGAUGGAGUUAAUCAAAGACUUGGAAAAUUUGCGAAUUGA